AUGCCGUUGAGCCCCGCGCACAUGCUCACGCCCCAGGCGGCCGAGUUCACGCGCUUCCCCAGCAGGAGGAGCGUCGUCCACAGCACCAAGGGCAUUGUCAGCUGCACCCAGCCUCUGGCGGCCAAGUGCGGCCUCGAGGUCCUGCACGCCGGUGGCAAUGCUGCUGAUGCUGCUGUCGCCGUUGCCGCCGGCCUCAACAUGACAGAGCCGUGUUCCACCGGCAUCGGCGGGGACAUGUUCAUCCUCUACUACGAUGCCAAGACGGGCAAGGUCUCGGCCAUGAACGGCUCCGGCCGCUCGGGCAACAAGUGCACGCUCGAGACGGUCAGGAGAGAUCUCGGCCUCGCCGACGGCGCCUCGGGCAAGAUCCCCUCCAAGAGCGUCCAUGCCGUGACCGUGCCCGGCGCCGCUGCUGGCUGGGUGGACACGGUUGAGCGCUUCGGCAGUGGCAACCUGGCUCUCGACAAGAUUCUGGCGCCCGCCAUUGAGCUCGGCGAGAAGGGUUUCCCCGUAUCUGAUAUUACCGGCUACUAUUGGACCUCAGCAGAAUCUAUCCUGCGCGAGGCGUCUCCCAACUAUGGCGAGAUGCUCAAGAAGGAUCCCUCAGCCAAGGACGGCGUGCGAGCCCCUCGACCCGGCGAGAUCAUGAAGAACCCCGACCUCGCCAGGACGUUCCGUGCCCUGGCGGCCGAGGGAAAGAAAGGCUUCUACCAGGGCCGCAUCGCCGAGGAGUACGUCAAGGUGUGCAGGGACCUUGGCGGCCACAUCGACCUCGAUGAUCUCGCCCAUCACCUCGAGACCGGCAGCGAGCCCGUCGAGCCCAUCUCGUUGAAGCUCCAGCACGGUGGCUUCCACGAUGACGGCGUCGAGGUCUGGGAACACCCCCCCAACGGCCAGGGCAUCGUCGCGCUCAUGGCUCUUGGCAUUCUCCAGGAGCUCCAGAACCAGGGCACGAUUCCCAAGUGGAAGCCCGAGGACCACAACACGGCGCCCUACCUGCACGCCAUCAUCGAGGCCCUGCGUCUCGGUUUCACCGAUGCGCAGUGGUACGUCACGGAUCCCAACGUCGAAAAGGUGCCGGCGGCGGGCCUCACUGCUCCCGAGUACCUCGCCGAACGCGCCAAGCUCUUCGACGCCACCAAGGCGGCGGCGUCGGUCGAGCGCGGCACCCCGCCGACGAUCCCGUCGCCGGCGCUGCACAGCAGCGACACGGUCUACUUUGCCGUGUCCGACGCCGACGGCAACGCGGCGUCUUUCAUCAACAGCAACUACGACGGCUUCGGUACGGGCAUCAUCCCGCGCGGCUGCGGCUUCACGCUGCAGAACCGCGGCUCCAACUUUAGCCUUGACGCCGGCCACCCCAACCGGCUGGCGCCCCGCAAGCGGCCCUACCACACCAUCAUCCCCGGCAUGGUGACCAACCUCGCCGACGGGUCCCUGCACAGCGCCUUUGGCGUCAUGGGCGGCUUCAUGCAGCCGCAGGGCCACGUCCAGGUGCUGCUCGGCCAGCUCGUCGGCGGCCUCAACCCGCAGCAGACGCUCGACGCGCCGCGCGUGUGCAUCGACUUUGACUGGAACGUCAACGUCGAGGAGGGCAUGCCCGCCGAGACGAUCGAGGGCCUCAAGAAGCUCGGUCACAAGGUCAAGGUGCUCACCGGCAACGAGAGGGGGCUGUUUGGCCGCGGCCAGAUCAUCCGCCACACGGUCGAUCCGCUGGAGGACACGGGCAUCUGGUCAGCUGGCAGCGAUAUGCGCGGCGACGGUGCAUCAUACCCGGCAUGGUAA